UUAGGAAGCUGAGGACAAGAGGGAAUCUUUUUGCCGGUUACAGAAAACUCUCCAGACUAAUUUUUCUUGUGCCGGUCCAUACAGUAGAUAUAUUGCGUGUCUAAUUUUCUCUCUGUGUCUGAGCAGAGGUGGAAGUGUAGGCGACAGAGAGAGGGAGUUGCCUGUUUGAAGAGGUCAGGCAGGCAGGGGAAAGCCGGUGGAUCUUUUUUUAAGAGGCCGCUUAUUUGAAACUGACAACAGGAUGAGAGGGUGAGUGAGAGGGGAGAGCCCAGCAGUACAGGGAGAGAACCAUGGAGAGUACAGCGUCCUCAUCCACAGCCCACUCACAGAGGAGACACGGACACAGGAUAACCUAAGAGAGAGAAACAGAGAUAGAGAGAGAGAAAGAGGGGGAAGGAAGGAGAGAGGAAGAGAGGUAAAGAGUUUACUUUGUCCAUUCUGUCCAACGGAGAGGGAGCGAGAGACGACGGUUCGUAACACUGGAGCUCAAGGAUAAACCAUGGACUCUGCACACCUCCUACCACGCCUGGACAUUCACCAUGUUCCCUGCUAACCUCUUGGUCCUGAUGGUCCUGCUGCUACCUCAAGCCUCGUCUGGUCGCCAGGGCGGAGCCACCGAGCCCGAUGGCAGUGUGCCAUUGUUGUCAUCACCACCAUCCCCCCUAGAGCCCAGCCUGGCCCAGACCAUCCAGAACCUGCUGCUGAGCCGCCUGGGCCUGCAGUCCCACCCCAACCCCCGGCCAGGUGCGCCCAUCCCCCAGUACAUACUGGACCUCUAUCGCUUCCACUCCCAGCAGUACCACCUAGUCCAGGAUCCACACUUCAGCUACCCCAGCCAGCAUGUCCAGGAGGCCAACACCGUACGCAGCUUCCACCACACAGAUUCUACCAGUUCCUCACUCCCCCUUGAAAAGAGGCAGACCACUACGAGCAACAACAGGGUGCCCAUCUCCUUCAAUGUGUCCUCCAUCCCCCAGGAUGAGCGUGUGGUGUCUGCAGAGCUGCGUUUCUUCCGGGGUGGUGGGGCCAGCCUAGGCCCCGGGGCCCACAGGGUCAGCCUGUUCCUCUAUGGAGGCACUGGGGACUCUGAGUCUGAGCCCACUCUGCUGGAGUCACGGCUCCUCACAGGGGCCCCUAGCACCAAGCCAGCUGGCUCCUGGGAGGCCUUCAGCCUCAGCACCGAACUAUUUCUGGGGGCCCACGCUCGGACUGGCAGCCUGGCCUUCCUCCUGGAGGUGACCCCUCUGGGUAACACCACCCUCCUCACCCCCCCUGACCAUGACGCUCUACCACUCUCCACUGGGGAGGAAGGACGCAGAGAGGGACACCUGAGGGUGCGCAGGUCUCUGGGACAGGAUGAGCACAGCUGGGCACGAGAGAGACCCCUGCUGGUUACUUACAGCCAUGACGGGCGCGGGGAGCCACUAGCCGCCCAUGGCCGGAGAACCUCCGGCACUGCCCAGAGGAUGAGGGGGAGGAAGGGGGCCAGAGAAAGGGGCAGGAGCAACAGCAAGGACCGGGAAAGGGACAGGGACAGAGACAAGGACAGGGGGAGCGCCAGCCCUGGCUGGGGCGGUAGCUGGAACGAGGGUGGAAGGGUGAAGCGUAAUGGCGGCCGCGCAGCGAAACUGAAGCGUCUGUCCCACGCCCGCUGCCACCGCCACCCGCUCUACGUGGACUUCAAAGACGUGGGCUGGAACAAGUGGAUUGUGGCGCCUAGCGGCUACGACGCCUUCUUCUGCCUGGGGGAGUGCCGCUUCCCGCUGGCCGACCACAUGAACUCAUCCAGCCACGCCAUGGUGCAGACUCUGGUGAACUCGGUGAACGGAGCUGUGCCGCGGGCCUGCUGCGUGCCCACCGCCCUCAGCCCCAUCGCCAUGCUCUACCUGGACCCACAGGACCGCGUGGUGCUCAAAAACUACCAGGACAUGGUGGUGGAGGGCUGUGGAUGCCGGUAGUGGGAAACAAAAGAGAGGGAGGGAGGAGAGCGAGGGAAGGAAAGAUUGAUGAGGUAGUGACAGAGGACAAGGACAGAACCCAGCUCAGCAGAACCAUGUGAGACACGAGUACCUGGACCUUGUGGUGGAGGGAUGAAAAUCCUAGUAGCGGGGGGGGGGUGAGAAAGAGGGAGAGGACAGGAGAGAUGGAUGAGGGAGGAAGGGAAGAGAGGGGAAUGUAGAACCCAAUCCAGCAGGACCAAGUGGUUUCUAAGAAGUACAUGGUGUUGGAGGGCCACAGCUGUCAGUAGUGGAAAUAAAGAGAGGAUAGGGAGGGAGAGAGAGGAAAAACAGACAGAGGAGCCCCCUUAGAACAUACAGUGCAGUGCUUCAGAACUACCACAUAGUGAGAGAAUAAAGAGAAAAGAGAGGGAGAGAAAAACGAAGCAGUCUUCCACAUCCCAGUAGGAGUAGAGGAUGCUGCUGACAGCAGAAGAGAGGAACGACAACCAGGAGUAGAGGAGAGACUCCUCCCAUUAUCCCACCUCUUCUCCUUCUAUAGCACUCCACUCGCUGACCGUCAAUGCUCACUCACCAGCCCUCUAUGUGUCUGUAAUGUGUCUGCAUCUGUGUCUCUCCGUGUUCAGUGUGUCGCUCACCUCCUCAUUCCAACAUUAAUCUGUAAAGGAGAUGCACUCGAUCAGUGGAGUGGAAGACCAAGGGGACUGGCAAGAGAUUAAGAUAUCAGUGCCAGAGGAUACUAUCUGUACAGUUGAAGUCGGAAGUUUACAUACACUUUGGUUGGAGUCAUUAAAACUCGUUUUUCAACCAC